GAACUUCUGUAAAAGGCCUGGGAGGUCUUAGCGAAAACCUAUAUAAGACCGGGUUUCUGCUCUGGCAAAUACCCUAAGAGAAGAGCUAUCCUUAGAUCUUACUGCUCAUUUCUCCCCCCAGCUUUGGAAAAACAGUCAUAAGCUCUUGCAGGUAUGGCUCUUUCAGGGAUCCUGUCGGAUGCAGAAAUUGCGGCUGGCCUGAAAAGCUGUGAAGCUAAGGAUACCUUCAAUUACAAGACCUUUUUUGCCAAAGUUGGUCUGAACAACAAAUCUGAUGAGCAGAUGACAAAAGUCUUUGGAAUUCUUGACCAGGACAAGAGUGGGUUCAUUGAGGAAGAUGAAUUGAAGAAAUUCCUGCAGAAUUUCAGCACAAGCGCCAGAGAUCUGACUGAUAAGGAGACUGUGGAGUUCUUGAAAGCAGGCGACACUGAUGGAGAUGGCAAAAUUGGAGUGGACGAGUUCAAGGCCUUGGUUAAAUCAAAGUGAUCCAGAGGAAGACCAAGUUAAUUGUACUGUAAAACACUCUUUCUUAUUGCAAGUCAACUAUAUGUAUUUAUACAUUUUAUACAGUGAAAUGGCAUUGCCAGUUGCCAGUAUAUUGUUUCUUACCGUUAGAGAACUAUGUUAACUCACACACUGCGCUCUUUGAUCUUUAUUAUUGUCUGGUGUCGUAAUUAAACAGCUCUGCAUCAGGGACAAAGUAUGAACCUAAGGAGAAGAACCUUGAACUGUCUGUUUCAUUUUGCAGUAGGUGCUAUUUGAAAUAAUCAGUAAAUGUGGGAAUUCAAUGAGAUCUCUGGAUACCUUCCUUCAAGAGUUAACUGACACCAAUCUUCUCUCCAGCCAAGGUGUAUGUAAUGAGAAAGGAAAAGGAAGAAAAAAUCACAUUGAUUUUUGUUUAAUGAGAUUGUUUAAACUGGUCUUUGCCUUAAUUAACCAGCUUCAUAAAAUGCCGUGCUAUAGUCAAACUGGUGGAAAGGUUUCAUUCAUACAUAUAAAGUCACUUCAUCAUC